AAUCAAAUCAAUCAGUUGAGUUUUGUCACCGGAAGGGUGGGUACGCCGCAGUCGUUGUUUAAUUUUUUAAGUGUUUAAAAAUUUUAAAACAUGUCCUCGAGACCAGGAACAUUCAAAAAUCCAUUCUCAAGACCAUGGAUGACAGAAACUGGAGCAGCGGCUGCGGCUGGACCAGGGGCAGUGGGCCUGAAAGGAGUUGUUGCCGGCGGUAUAACUGGUGGCAUUGAAAUUUGUAUUACAUUCCCCACAGAAUACGUGAAAACACAACUCCAACUAGACGAAAAAGGUGGCACCAAGAAGUAUACAGGGAUAGUCGACUGCGUAAAGAAGACAGUGAAGGGCCAUGGCUUCUUCGGACUCUACAGAGGGCUCAGCGUCCUACUCUACGGGUCCAUUCCGAAAUCAGCCGUCAGAUUCGGAGUGUUCGAGCAGGCGAAGCAGUAUAUGAUCAAAGAGGACGGCACACUGUCCACCACGGGGAAACUCACGUGCGGGCUGGCGGCCGGGGUCGCGGAGGCCAUCAUAGCUGUCACCCCCAUGGAGACCGUCAAGGUCAAGUUCAUCAACGACAUGAGGAUGGAGAAACCACGGUUUAAAGGGUUCUUCCAUGGCGUUAGGACUAUUGUCAGGGAGGAGGGUGUUGGUGGAGUGUACAAGGGGGUGUCGGCGACGGUGAUGAAGCAGGGCAGCAACCAAGCCAUCCGGUUCUUCGUGAUGGAGUCGCUAAGGGACUGGUACAAGGGCGGCGACCGCGACAAGCCCGUACCCAAGUACAUUGUAGGCCUGUUCGGUGGUAUCGCAGGAGCGGCGUCGGUGUUCGGCAACACACCAAUAGACGUGGUCAAAACUCGAAUGCAGGGGCUCGAAGCCAAGAAAUACAAGAACACACUGGACUGCUUCAUCAAGACUUGGAAACACGAAGGGCCACUCGCCUUCUACAAGGGGACAGUACCCCGGCUCAGCAGGGUCGUGUUCGACGUGGCCAUCACGUUCACUAUAUACGAUAGUAUCAUGGAUAUGUUUAAUUAUGUGUGGAAGUAAGUAUGUGCUGUGAUUGAUGAGCAAGCAGUCGCCGUUCUGUACUUUUGUAGUAAGUGGAGUUAAUGUUCCAUUUCGUCGAGAGUUGUUUAUUAUGACGAACGCAGCAUGAUUAGUAUGAUAGUACAGAAAUAUAGUACAUCAGGGGGUUAAAUAGGCCACACCGAAGCAAUUCAUCUAAAAAAGCAAUAUUGCAAUUUGAGAUUUGCGCAUAUAAAAGUAAGUGCAAUGCAAACAAAUGUCAAAUAGCAAUAUUGCUUUCUUAGAUUAAUUGCUUCGAUGUGGCCAUUUUAAGUCCCCAGGGCUAACAAGCGCAACGUGAUAAAAUGUUGUCACGGUAAUUUUAUCGAUUCCAACGAUAUAAUUGCGUCGUUUUGUUGAUUAUUUCUAAUGUGUGAACCCAAAUAAAUCAUAUCGUCAAAACACAAACAAAAUCACGUGCCACGCAUGUUAGGGAAAAAAACAAACAUAUUUCGACAAAAUUUAUUGAAUCCAUCGAUAAUUUGUAUCACUUUGCGCAUGUUAGCCCUGUAUGUCUGUUGUCUCUUUCGCACUAACGGUAUACAGCUUAGUGCGAAAAAGACGGGGAUAUGUCACGUUAAUCAUGCUACGUUAAAAGCUAGAUUUCAUCAAUGCGGAUAUGUGCUGAGCUGUGUGUUACGUGACCAAUAAAGAACCACGUCUGUUAGCACCUCAUCGCACUCUCUUAUAUAUAUUGCUUUUUAAAAAGGGGUUAAAAAGGCCACAUGAAAGCAAUUCAUCUAAAAAAGCAAUAUUGCAAUUUGACAUUCGCGCAUGCAAACAAAUGUCAAAUAGCAAUAUUGCUUUCUUAGAUGAAUUGCUUCGAUGUGGCAAUUUAAACCCCCCAGAAAGGGAUAGAAGCGUAAGAAAGUGCUAUAGGGUGCUGCCAGAUGUGGUCCAACCCUAAAUGACCAACCUGGGCCUGUUCAUAGUAAGAGUGCAUAGGCACUUUCUAGAUAGCAUGUCUCAUAAGCACGGCGUCACUUACCAUCAGGGGAUUAUGGACAAAUGCUUGCCUAUCAUGCAUAAAGAAAGAUUUUCAAUAACGUUUCAAUUGGUUAUUAUUGUGUAUAGGCUAUUUGACAACCUAGUCAAAUGUGAUACUUUUUAUGAAACGUCAAAACGAAAGUUUUCUUAAAUACUGUCCUGUGACGUCAUCAAUAAAAGCGAUCGUACGUCGUCAACGUCGUACUCAUUGUUACUUAAUUCAUAAAUAAAAUUAAAAAUUAAGUCGAAAAGUAAAAUGAGAUUGAUUUUUGAUAAUCUUAGUGUCUUCUAUUUCUAGAUUAGCAUUUUAUAAUUUAUCUUUGACACAGUCAAAUACUCUAUUGGUUAUGGUCACUUACGCAUAGCUCAGCAUUAGUGGGAUACGGGACUUAUGCCCGAAAUAAAUCUCUGAGAUGAAAUAUUGGUGCUUAUUCUGGCAGGCCUACCCUUUUUUUUAUUUUGAUAGCUUUAAUAACACCCCUCUUUGCGUUGCGUCAGGGGUUAAAAAAUAAAGUAGUCACUUACGAUAAGUAAGAGAGAUAGUGAUAGAUAAUAUAUCCCACAAGUUAAUCCCACUUCUGGGCAAGACUGAGUCAUGACUUAUUUCUUAGAACUACUUAUAUAAACAUCCUCACUGCUGAGCACAGGCCUCCCCUCAAUCAACCGGACGAGGGGAGGCCUGUGCUCAGCCAUUGUGGGUGAUUUCUUACGCAACUUAGAACUGUCAGAAUAAAAUAAAGUUAUGUGCCAGAAUUAGCACUAUUUGAGUGUUUAAACGCGACGAAGUGGCAUUGUUUGUAAAAUGUGAUACAAAAUAAGAAAGAAAAAGUUGAUAAAGUUUAACAGAGUACAACAAGCAUCGACCUACCGCGAUGUUAGACCUAUUUACCAAGCACUUACUUAAAAAACUAGUUUUUUUUUACCAAAAUACAAAGUCAUAUAUGGCCACGGGGCCUAAAAAGGCCACGCUGCAAUUCAUCUAAACAAGCAAUUUGCAAGCACUUUGACAUUUGCGCAUAUAAAAAUAAUUGCGCUACAAAUGUCAAAUAUACAGGGUGUAAGUGACAUCGUAACGAAUACUGAGGGGGAUGAUUCAGCUGAUUAUUCUGAGUUAAUAUCAAAUGGAAUUUUCCAUCGCAAAAGCAUAGAAUUGAAAAUAAUUAAAAAAAUCUAAAUAAAAAAAACAUGAUUUUUGCGACGAAAAAAUCCACUUGAUAUUAACUCAGAAUCAUUGUCUGAAUCAUCCCCCUGAGUAUUUGUUAUGAUGUCACUAGCACCCUGUAUAAAAAAAAAACACUUGCGCAUUUAAAAGUAAAUGUGCAAUGCACACAACAAAUGUCAAAUAGCAAUAUUGCUUUUUAGAAAUGUCAAUGUCAGUGUGGCUUUUUUAGACCACACCGAAGCAAAUCACCUGAAAAAGCAAUAUUGCUAUUUGACAUUUGUGUGCAUUGCGCACUUACUUUUUAGAAAUAGAAAUACUCUUAAUGCGCAAAUGUCAAAUUGCAAUAUUGCUUUUUUUGACGAAUUGCUACGAUGUGGCCUUUUUAAUCCCCACAUCAACUUGACAAUUUAAUGUAGACUGUUGAAGUGCGACUGCUUAUCUCUACAUUGUACCAAGUUCUUGUUAGCCUCGUGUAUUUAUAUGUAGAUGUACAAAUGGUCCGUAAGCGCUUAGGCCGCGUACUGAAUGACAGCGGGUAGCGGAGCGGGUAGUGGCAUCGAUUAUGAAGGCACGGGAGUACGGAAUAACCCACAUUUAAUUAAUCACGCCAUGUUCUCUUUGGGAAAAUGCCCGGCAGUAAAAAACGCGCAAAAUUUAUGUAAAAAGCUCUUUUUAACACUGUCUGCUUUUUUCAUAUUGUUCUCUAUUGUACUCUGAUCCUAUCUGCAAUAAAGCGUUAUUACCUAGCAGACAGUGUGUUAACUAUGAAAGAGUUUUGGAAAUGGGUAUAUUCCUUCUUUGGGACAUCCCUGGCCUAUUAUCCGUCCGAAUUAAAUGGACAUCGGUGUCUCGAUACACGCGAACAAUACGGCACCGGCGCAAAAGUGCGUCGUUAAGUUUCCACAACAGGACGUCGUAUCGUAUCCGUUGUUAUCCUCCGGGAACCCGCUGUCGUCCAGUUAAGGCGUCUCUCUAGGUUCCAAAAGGCUUUAGCCUUUCCCAUUUCCUCUCAUUUACCUGCCCUAAUGAAAUCUGGUAAAUGAGCCCCAAAAGGGGAGAAACGACCUUCAAAUCCCCCUUCAUGUUCACUCAAUGUGAAAUGGUUCUAAGAGUACUAGAAGUAUAAUGAAUUAGAAAUAAAUUAUGAUGAAGUUUGUAAAUGUUAAUUUUUGAAUCAACGAAAGUAUAUUUUUGUAGGACAUUAAGGAAUCUUAAAUGUUUUGUUGUUACAUAUUUAUUAUUAUUACGAAUGACAUUUGAGCAGGGCUAUAUUAUUUUUUUUGUAUUUAUUGAAUUUAUGUUUGUUUUUAAUUACGAACAAUUUAUUAAUGCACUAGAAUUUUUGUGUAUGUACUGUAUGGACAGUCUCUAGCGGGAACUACUUAACUUUAUGGGUUGAUACACACAUACUUUUUUGUAUAGGCGUGUACUGAUGUGAAUGAGUAACUAAUCGUGUCAGUUAAUAAGUAUAUUGUGAUAAAGAGAGUAUUUAUUGUUUAAAAUCCUGUUACAGAUUGUCUAUUGAUAAACCGAAAUAUAAUUUCAGUAAGUAAAUGGUGACAAUAACAUUUCUGAAAUGCAUUUUGCACAUUUUAUAGAGUAUUUUUUACUCCUUUUUAUGAUCCCCGUUAAGGUCUCUUAAAUGGAAAUUAUCCCUUUAUACAUUUUAUAUGAAUUUGAACACAUUUUUGUAUUUUUUUAAGAGAUCUUAUAAGGACAUUCCAGUACGCAUCGGUACAGACUACAGACACGCAAAUCUUUUAUUUUUUAUUAAACUUGUUUAAGUUUUAAUAUCUGUUGACAUGUUUCUAUUUAUUUAUACUUUUUGUUUUUUUUAUCAAUAAAAUUGAUAGAGAAUUGGA